AUGGCAAGUGAAGACAAUUCAAGUUCCUUGGUCGUUGAGAAAUCAGAAGUGGAACUAGUGAAACCCUUAAAGCCAACACCUGAUGUCUCUUUGUCUCUCUCCACAAUCGACAACGAUCCUUUCAUGGAAAUUAUCAUGAAAACCAUAUGCGUCUACGCCCCUAUGCCCUAUCUUGAAGAUCAAGACAACAAAGACCCGGCUUCUCUUCUCCGCGAUGCCCUCUCUCGUACUCUUUUCUACUACUACCCUCUCGCAGGGAAACUUCACCGAAAAUCCGAGGACAGUAGACUUCAGCUGGAUUGCAAAGCCGAAGAUGGAGUUCCCUUUAUAAGGGCAACCGCCACGUGCACACUCGCUUCUCUCAAUAACUUGGACAGUGCCGGGGAUGCAGCCUACCAACUCGUGCCUUGUUAUGACCCUGUGACAGGUUGUGAAGGAUAUGACCCUCUGGCUUUCCAGAUCACCAAGUUUGCAUGUGGUGGAAUAACUAUCGGAAUGGCUCACUCUCACUCCGUAUGUGAUGGUGUUGGAGUGGCCCAGUUUUUCCGAACAAUGAUCGAGCUUGCUUCCGGGAAGACCGAACCAAGUGUUAUCCCCGUAUGGGACCGAGAACGGCUCACCUUUAACGAACAUUCCAACAUUAUAGGAAAACUAGGAGACCAUGUUCAUAUGCCUAGCGUCGGCUCUUCGCUGUCUACUGAUGACAUGGUCCGAGAGAUUCUGUCCAUUAGCUCCGAAGAUAUUAUGAAACUCAAGAAGACAGUUUCAGAGGAGGAGCAAGUUACAAUUGAGAACGAGAAGAUGGAUGUCACAACUCUGGAGAUUCUUGCGGCCCAUGUCUGGAGAGCACGUUGCCGAGCCCUAAAUAUGAGUCCAGAUGAUAUUAUGGGGUUAGCGUUAGCCAUCAGUAUCCGCGGCAUUAUGGAGCCGCCGUUACCACAAGGCUACUACGGAAAUGCCAUUCUAAACGGCUCCGUGGAAUUAAAAGCUAAGGAGCUAAGCGAAUCGCCAUUGUAUAGUGUGGUGAGACUCAUUAAGGAUACGAAGAGGAAGGCGCUUGACAAGCGGUACGUGUGGGAGCAACUUAGCGAGAUUGCGGGAAGAGUGAAGGUGCGGCCUGAGAGCUUCAGCAUAGGGAUAGAGUCAAUGAUACUCUCCGAUUGGCGGCAAAUUGGUUUACAUUACGAUGGUUGGGGAGGUUUGGUGAAUAUAAUACCAUUAAUUCCGACGACAAUGCCACUUUUCUGGAUUUUAUUGCCGGUGUCAAAGGCGGUUCCAGAGAUGAGAGGUGGCGUUAGGGUGCUGGUAACGCUUCCUAAGGAGGCGAUGGCUAAGUUCAAGGAAGAGUUGAAGGCUCUCUGACCAUAGAUUGUUGUG